AUGGCCCGAGGAGCGCAAGCAGCAGAAGCGGCAGGUGCGGUCCCUGCGGGUGGAUUGUGUCUGCUAGUGAUCGACCAGCAGGUGGAUUUCCAUCCCGGCGGAUCACUUGCGAUUCCCACGGCAAACGAAGAUGCCGCGCGUAUUGCCGCGUUUAUUCAGCAGCAUGCUUCAAAGCUCAAGCAGCUCGUGCUCACGUUGGACUCGCACCAGCGCUACCACAUCGCACAUGCGAAUUUCUGGGAGAACGCCGACGGCCACUGGCCCGCGGCGUUCACGCAAAUCACGGCAAACGACGUGGCUGCUGGCGUGUGGAGACCACGCGACGCUAGUCUGAAGGAGUACGUGCUGGCCUACACGUCGGCGCUGGAAUCCAGCGGCAAGUUCACGCUGUGCAUUUGGCCAGAGCACUGCAUCAUUGGCUCGCCUGGGCACAACGUCGUGUCGAAUGUUCAUGCAGCUGCGAUGGAGUGGACGAAAGUGGCUUUGAAACCCGUGCAGUACGUUAUCAAGGGCAGCAAUUCGUUCACGGAGCACUACUCGGCACUCAAGGCCGAGAUCGAGCUGCCUUACGAUCUCACGACAAGCUUGAACCAGUCGCUCGUGGAGUCUCUCGGACGUGCCGACAAGGUGAUCGUCUGUGGUGAAGCGUUGUCCCAUUGUGUGAACUACACAGUGCGUGACUUGGUCGCAGCUUGGCCUCAAGAUCGACGCCAAGAUCUCGUGAUCCUUACGGACUGCACGUCUCCAGUUCCAGGGUUCGAAGCCGCUGGGGAGGAGUUUCUCCGUGAUAUGGCAGCUAAAGGCGUGACGCUUACGACGUCUGCUCAAUUCUCAGCGUAG